UCAGGACAGAGGAUGGCGGAGGUGGAGCAAGGGCCGGACUCCUCGUUUCCGUUAGCGGGAAUCAUGAGCACGGGGCGGGGCUUGAGGAUAGGCGCUCCAGCACGUCCUGCCCCACCGGAAGUGAACGUUCGGGUUUGACUCCGGGCUCCGAGCUGCCCUUGUCCGGAUGGCAGCAAUAGUUCUAGGGGGAGACACCAUGGGCCCUGAGCGAAUCUUCCCCAAUGAGACUGAGGAACUAGGGCAACAGGGCCCUACAGAAGGCACUGGGGAUUGGAGCAGUGAGGAACCUGAGGAAGAGCAGGAAGAUACGGGGGUAGGCCCAGCUGGCUACUCUUACCAGCCCCUGAAUCAAGAUCCUGAACAAGAGGAGGUGGAACUGGCACCAGUGGGGGAUGGAGACGUAGUUGCUGAUAUUCAGGAUCGGAUCCAGGCCCUGGGGCUUCAUUUGCCAGACCCACCAUUAGAGAGUGAAGAUGAAGAUGAGGCGGGAGCUACAGCAUUGAGCAACCACAGCUCUAUUCCCAUGGACCCAGAACAUGUAGAGCUGGUGAAAAGGACAAUGGCUGGGGUAAGCCUGCCUGCGCCAGGCGUUCCUGCCUGGGCUCGGGAGAUAUCAGAUGCCCAGUGGGAAGAUGUGGUACAGAAAGCACUCCAAGCCCGGCAGGGGACCCCAGCGUGGAAGUGACCAUCCUGAGAGCUGCCUUAUCUCCCUGCAUUCCAUGCCAGAACUAGCAUAGAACUGAACAUAUCCCUGGUUGUAAUGUCCAUGUCAUCCUCCCAUCUCCCUUUCUACAUCAAGGCAAUUCAGACUUCUCAGAGACCCACUUUAUUCAGUUCUGUACAUACGGGGACAUCUGCCCAAGCCCAACCCACCUUAGCAUGUUUCAUUCUGUGAGCACAAUAAAGCACCCUAUGUACACA